AUGACCUACCGUCCACAGGAGAUCACACCAGGUGGAGUCGACAAACUGCGAGCUGUGGCAUUCCACGGCAUUGAAGAGGGUCUGCCCGGCGGACUUGCGCACAGCAGGACGCCGAUCCUGACAGAGGUUGGAGAGGCAACAGAAGACUUCCACCCAGAGCGCUUCAAUUUUGGAGGUUUCGUCAGAACCGGCUUCUCGUUGGAAUAA